AAGUGACGUAGGCAAAAAGACGAAAAGACCAACACCCUUGGCUGAAAACCAUAAGGGCAAAAACAAAAUUUCAGUUUAUCUCGCCCUUUUCUAUGCCAAAUCGUCUGGAACCCUAACCCUGGAGGUUUUCACUUUUCAAGUGAAAUCAAAGAUGGAUAUUGUUCCACCGGCCCCGGCCAAAGGGAUAUUCCUUCUUCUGCAUCGUUCGGAACUUUCCGAUCCGAGGGAAGCUAAAAGCUACUGUAAAGCGAUGAUAUUUAAGAUUGAUGGCCUUCGCAGGGUGAAGUCGGAACAGCUGUUGAGGGACGUGAAGUUGAGGAAAGUGAAGUUGAGGAAAGCCUACAAGUAUCUACUGGAGGAGGCUGGGGAGUGGAAGAAGAAGGUGGAAGAAAUCGAGGAAGGGUUCGAAGAACUCAAAAUGGAAUCAAUGCACCAUUCAUUGCGAGGCAAACUAUAUUUCAAUGGGCUGCCAUCGUUAGCGCCAAUUUCCCUUUUUUUUUUUUAGACAAGAAAACAAGAUCUUUGGAGUGAACAAUGGAGGAUUGAUGAUAAAUUGUUUUCCAUCUCUAUAGCAGAGAUUGGUCAUUUGGCACCUUCUUCUGAUGGAAGUCAUCCACCAUCAAUCUCUGUCAAAAUUUUUCUAGGAAGAGGAGAGAAAUUAGACAAGGAUCACCUACAACACACAGAAAUAAGCUUGCUUGAUUCUUCUCGGAUUCUCAAGCUCCAAGUGUGGUUAACAGGCUCUUUCCUCUCUAAUGCAAAUGUACAUACAAAUGUUGGCCUAGGUUAUUUGAGUUUAAUUGCAGUCUACUACUCUACUUCCCAGAGUCCUAGAUUUGCCAUGACGGGAUUAUUACAAUUUUUGUGGACUGCAACUAAUUUACUUCCCUUGGUUGAUAGGUAUGAACAUCAAGCUAAGAUCCCAUAUUACAAAGUGAUUCAUGUUGGACAUCCUACAGAGGAACACGUGCGGUAUCAUCAGAGGUGGAACCCAGAAGCCUACAAGACCUUUUGUGGGGAACGCGGAGUUAUUGAAAAGUUCAAAGCCUUCAGUGAAAAGUACAGGGCAAGUACAAAGAACCCGUUGGCAACUUUGGAGGAGAACCUUGAAAGUAAAAUGAUUCAAAGACCGGGAAUAAAGGGUGUCACUGCCGUGAAUUCAAGUAGCUUUGGAGCAAUGGGAACCUCAUUUGAGCGAGCAAGGGAAUUAAAGAAAAAGAGAGAGGAAGAACUGGAUGGAUCCCAUAUGGUCCAAAGGCCUGCAAUUGCUUACGGUGCUACUCCAAGUUGUCCCCCAAUUAGUGGGUUUAUGGAUGAGGAUGGGCAGAAUUACCAUCAGUCAAUUGCUGCACCGGCUACAGAAAUACAAACGAGGGAGGCUGCUAAUGAUAAGGAGGCCUCACCACGGGCACCACUGCAGCAAUAUGUGAAGCUCAAAGAUACUACAAGAAGACCGCAGGAAGGUGACGGUGCAGCUCGGGCUGGAGCUCCAGCUUGGGUUAUAGCUCCAGUUCUAGCUCUAGUUCUAGCUGGAAUUGCAGCUGCAUGUAUAGCAGGUCGAGCUGAAGCUACAGGCACGCGUAAAGCUCUAGCUGCAAUUGCAGCUGUAUGUAUAGCUGCAGCUGUAUGUCUAGGUAUGGUUGUAGCUGUAGUUCCUGUAGUUACAGAUUGUGAGGCUUCAGGUCAAGCUGUAGCUAGAUUGCCUCUAGCAGUUAAAGCUGAAGCUGAAGAUGAAGCUGAGGCUCAAGAUGGUCGAGCUAGAGCUGCGGGAGCUGCAGCUGCUAAGGAAAAGGAGAAAGAAGCUGACAACUUGAACAAACCAUUGAGGAGGAGAAAGAAGCUGACAACUUUAACUUACAAUUGAGGGGGCUAGAGAAGGGGGCUAGAGGAGGGGUCUAGCAAAGCUCAAGCCUGAUCACUUGGAAUGGACAUGGCAACAAUGUCCGGAUGGUGGUGAGGAUACUUGAAUUUAUCCGUUUUGUAUAUGUGAUUAUUAGUUUGCAGAUGCAAGAUGCCUACGUGCUCCCCGGGAACAAUUUCAUUGACCCCUGCGUAGGCCAAUAAUUUGAUGUAGUUGAUAUAUUUUCCUUCUGUUUAUCUAUCGGAUACUGAAUCUUGGAUUUUUGGUGCUGAUGGCAGCUUGUUUUUAUUUGACAUAUAACCUGUUGGAUGAGUUCAAGUAGUUGAGUUCAUCCGAGAGUGUUUACCUCAUCCAAGGUAGUUCACCUGGGAAUGGGUUGUGAGGAUGAGUUCAAGUAGUUGAGUUCAUCCGAGAGUGUUUACCUCAUCCAAGGUAGUUCACCUCAGAAUGGGUUGUGAGGAUGAGUUCAAGUAGUUGAGUUCAUCCAAGGUUGUUUACCUCAUCCAAGGUAUUUCACCUCGGAAUGGGUUGUGAAGAUGAGUUCAAGUAAGUUGAGUUCAUCCAAGGUUGUUUACCUCAUCCAAGGUAUUUCACCUCGGAAUGGGUUGUGAGGAUGAGUUCAAGUAAGUUGUAUGAACUUGUUUAAGUUCCUAAGUCAGCACAUGAAGUUCCUG